AUGAUCCGUUUUUACAAGGGAAUCAAUCUUCAACUCUUUUCAGCAAUUGAUCUCUCCUGCAACAAAUUGACUGGCCACAUACCACAUAAAGUUGGGAGCCUAGGCCGAAUCCAAUCGCUUAACUUGUCUCACAAUGGCCUACGUGGAACCAUCCCAACCACGUUUUCAGACUUGGAUGGCAUAGAGAGCUUCGACCUCUCCUUCAACAACUUGAGUGGGAAAAUCCCUUCACAGCUUGCUGAGCUACACUUUCUAGCUUUGUUCAAUGUGUCAUGCAAUAACCUAUCGGGCAACAUACAAUGGAGUCCAAAUUCUCCCCAGUUCGAUACAUUUGAUAACAGUAGCUACAUCGGAAAUCCACUUCUAGUUUCAAGAACUUGCACCGCCAGUGAACCACCGGUGGUCAUCAUGAAUAGCUGUGAAGUGGAUUAUGGCUUCAUGGACAUGGAAUCUUUCUAUGUGUGCUUCACAGUGUCCUACAUCACUAUGUUCUUAGGGAUUGUUGUUGUUUUUUACAUCAAUCCCUACUGGAGGCGGGCAUGGAUUCAUCUAAUUGAGGUGUGUGUCACUUCUUGCUUCUACUUUGUUCGGGACAAUUUUGGAAAGGUAUUUUGUCAGGGAAAUAAUUAG